AUGUGUAGAUUUUUAAUAUUUAAAGGAAAAGAGCCCAUCAAAUUGUCACAUCUUUUGACUAGGCCAGCACACUCCAUUAUAAACCAAUCGUUUGAUUCUAGACUUCGGUUGGAUCGCCGGAGGCCAAUGAACGGUGAUGGGUUUGGUGUUGCAUACUACCCAACUGAUCAAGAGUUGUUUCCUGAUGGACCAUGCUUAUUUAAGGCUAUUACACCAGCAUGGAAUAAUCAAAAUUUGGAAACAUUGGCAGAGAAGACUAAGUCAUCUUUAGUCUUUGCUCAUGUUCGGGCUUCCACAUAUGGUGUCUUAGCUGAGACUAAUUGUCAUCCAUUUACAUAUCAUAAUAUUUGCUUCAUGCAUAAUGGUGGAAUUGCAAGUUUUGACAAAAUCAAGAGGAAAUUAAUAAACCAUAUAGAUGAUACAUAUUUAAAUGUGUUGCAGGGAAGCACAGAUUCAGAGUGUGCAUUUGCAUUAUUUUUAGAUACUUUGCAUAAAAUGGGUUAUGAUCCAUCUCUCAAGAGUGGAGAUUUUGGGCAUGAGGCGUUACGAGAGGCUCUUUUGAAGACAAUCAAAUAUAUUAAAGAUUGGACUAAAGCAGUAACUACAGAGCCAUCUCUAUUAAAUUUUGCUGUCACAGAUGGAUCGUCUGUGGUUGUAUCGAGGUACAUUACAUCUAAGACAGAUGAAGCGGCUUCUUUGCAUUUUUCAAGUGGUUCCAGAUUUGUGGAAACUAGUCCGGGUGAAUAUAGAAUGGAAAGACUAGACCGUAAACAAGAUGUUGUAAUGGUGGCAUCCGAACCUUUAACGUUCGAAAGAGGUGACUGGACAGCAGUUCCUACUAAUAGUGUUUUAACAAUAAAGAAACAAACCAUAUUAUUGCAUCCGAUUAUAGAUGAAUAUUAUCAAGAGGACCCAUUGUAUUUAAGAAAUUCUGCGUUGGCAGAGGACAAGGGGUUAAUGGGUACUGUGCCUUUGGCUAAAUCUGUUGAGAAGAAUGUUCCACCUUUGGAAAGAGAAGGUCGUACAAGGCAGUCAAUUGCAACAGUAGCAACUCAUUGGAUAUGA